AUUAGACUGAACAUGGCUCGUAGUCAUGCUUGGUUUGAGUCUCAAUCUAAUGAACCCAGAACCAUGAGUUCUAUUGGAAAAAUAGUACAUAAAGAUUACUAUUUGACAUUUCCUCUUUAAUUGUUAUUUACUAACCAACCCAACCACUCUCCUUCUCAGAAUGAGGAGUAAAAAAUCCCCAAGUUUCGCAAUAGAGUUGGCCUACUUGGGUAUUUCCGAAUUGAGUCAGUCACAGGUUUACGAGACAUUCUAUAGAGCGAAAUCUUGUUGAAGUAAAAACUCGUUCCAGAACACAACUCACGGCAGAGCAGAGGAGGACAUCAAAGAUGCGAGCUGGACUUUUACUUGCACUGAUCAUUACAAUGGCAGUACCCAUGUCGAGUGCUAUAAGCCCUGAGCUGAUUAAGAUGGUCGGUAGUCUCAUCAACAGUGCCGUCAAUGAGGAGGGACAGGUUACAAUUGCCGGUCGAGUGAUCUCCUACAAGGCCAAGGGUCGUGUUCACAGCCUCAAGGAACCGUGGGUUUACGAUGGAACGGCGUGGGACAUCUCAAGUGGAAUCAGCGAGAAGGCAAAGCACUACAAGAGUAAGCAUGGAGCCAUCAAGAAUGCUAUGUUGCAGCUGCUUGGUAGACUCAAGAAAGAGGGCAUCAUGAAAGAGGAACUGUGAUUGACUGUGUCCUUUAUAAUAAUGGUCACUUGUCUUUUAUAUUAUAUGACUUUUUAUAUAAUGCUUAAAAUAAUAUAUGUCAUUCAGUGACGCUCAAGGUGCUUCAACAUUCACUAUUUUCCUGCAAGGUUUUUUCAGAGCUACAUUUUUUAUGCAUAUAUACCAGUAUGACACCUAUUCCUUUACAAAGCAACAUGAUGGUUUACAAGGUGCUGUGGCGCAAUAUUCAGCCAAUCAAACCAGGAACACCGGGGCGAACCUCUUCUCUUUUCUAUAAGAGCACUGGGUUCUUGAAGGAGGCAGCCAUAUUGGUUUAUAAGUGUCCUGCUUUAAAGGACACAAGUUUCAAGACCGGGACUCGAACCCACACUCAGCUGAGCGUAAACCCAAGAGCUCUUUUCUGCUCGACCACGACACACCUUAAUCUAAAAUUUAAGAAUACUUCCACCAAUUUCAUGACGCCUUCAGGCCAUGCAACUUCAGUGUCCUCAAAACUACCAUAAAGUAUUACUUCAGUGCUAUGAAGACUUUAUAUUUACUUUUUCUUAAAUGCAAAUUAGACAUCUAUGAAAUUGUUGCUUCAUGUACCCACAGCUAAUAUAUAGGAUUCAAAGUUCCUCUAGCUACCGGGCAAUCUCGGGGGCCUAGUGUUAAGACACCUGCUCUAGAAUUGCAAAGGGGCAUGGGUUCGAAUCCCACCGGACUAUGCAUUGGUUUUUUCACAGCAUUCUAAGAAAGUACUGUGUACACAGCUCUUUACACACAUCGAUGUAUAGGUAAAACCAAAUAAUGUUUCAUUGCAGUUUCAUAAAUGCUUUGACUCCCUGUGGAAUAUGUGUACAUUUUUGUUGUGACAUUCAUUAAUUUUUUUUAUCAUAUUAUUAGAAUCACAAGCAAUGUUAACUUACCUUUGUAAUUUUGCAAUGUACAUAAUUUGAAAUAAAAAGUGCAAAACUAAUUGAUUUUACCAAGUGGAAAUCGUCCCUUCCUUUAAAGGUUCAAGGAAGGCUCAAGGAACGUCACUUAGGUGAGGUUUGUAGUAGCACCAUGUGUAAUUCUUGUUUGCCUAGUGCUGGUUUUGAGCUGUCUACCACCGUUCUUUUCAGAACUAGACUUGCGGACAAGUCGUUAAAUGUCUGUCGCGGUGAUAGCGUUCCGACUCUCCACGCGAUUCAUGCGGUAUUCUACUACUGCUGUCACGACUACAGUCCCAGAUGUACCAAUCUAGUGCCAGACGUCAAUUUAGAAGAGACACCGUGUAACCAGCACAUAAACCCAGUCAUCAAACUUCCGGUAGCUAUAAUCUUAGAGUCUCUCAUUUGAGUUGUAUUAAACCUGCCAUGUACAUUAUUAAUUGUUCUAUUGCUUUAAAUAUUGUUGUUUGAGUAAAAUAAAUUAUCAUCGUGAAUAUAA